AUGAUGGAUUCAGAUAAACUGUGGAAACAAGUUUUCAAUCUUCAUUGUAACCAAUACAGAAUGACUUCAAUGUUUUUCAUCGUCUUGUUUUUAGCAGUAGUUACAGGAACGUACUGCCAGCACAACGAUCAUGCAUCAUACACUCCAGAAUAUGCGGCGCAUCCUUCUUAUUCGUUCUCCUAUGGGGUUAAGGACAGUCAUAGUGGCGAUGUGAAAAGUCAAUGGGAGACAAGAGAUAAUGGUAUCAUCAAAGGACAUUACUCAGUGGUUGAACCUGACGGAAGCAUUCGCGAAGUUGAUUAUACUGCGGAUAGUAAAAAUGGUUUUAAUGCAGUUGUUAAAACGCAUGGACCUAAUUCACAUCCAGUGCGUGAUGAACAUGGUCACCACACAUACGUAGACAAAAAAUCCCAAUCAAAGAUUAAUCACUACAGCAAAGAUCAAGAUACAAUUAUAUUAAGCUCAGAUGUUCCUAGAGACGAAGCUCAUGUAGCUGAAAUUAAUGAAAAAAUACGAUAUGAUCCAUCCAUACUUGAAUUAAAACCUAACGUACAUUUGGGAACAUCGGGAUCAUCUCAUUCACAUCAUCAUUCUUACCAACCGUUGAAAUUUAGACCAACUAUAGAAAUCAAAGAUUAUAAACCAGGUCACGAAGCAAAUCAUGUAUCAUCACAAAGUCAAUAUGGUCAAUAUGAUUCAGGAGUGGGAUCACAUUCAGGCAAACCAGUCUCAAACAUACAAUACAAGCCUGGAACUGUUGUUCAUGUUAAAAAACCAGAGCUCAAAAAAGUUAAACUAAUUACUCCAGGAUUAAAACAUUACGCUACAGUGCGUGGUAGAAGCGAUUAUGACAAUUUCUUUAGAAAACGUGCUUCCUUCGAUGCACAAUAUAAUCCAAAACGACUGGUUCAAACCAUAUACAGAAGAAGUCCUCGUGAAUUAUAUGCAUACCACUAUGCACAUUAAAUUAAAACAAAUGAUUUAGAAUUAAUAUUUUCAUUAUUAUGUGUUGUUACUUAAUUGGUUGUGCAAUUUUUUUCUCUCUUAUAACUGGAUAAAAAAAUUAUUACAAUUUAUUUAUUUUCACUGAUAUUCUUCAAAUUUUCAAUAGAAGUUUAAAA